AUGUGCAAACUUUUCGUCGCUGUCGCCCUUCUCGCUAUCGCCGUUUAUGCUGCUCCACCAGCUCCACCAACUGCUGAUGAAGUGAAAGCUCAACUUGUUGCCGCCGGUAUCUCUGAUAAGGCUGCCCAAGGAAUUGUUGAUGUCGCUGAAAAGUACAAGACUCAGCUCGAGGAAGCCAAGGGAAAUCCAGAAAACGCAAAGAAGGCAUUCGAAGCGAUCAAGAGUGACACUGAAACCUACAUCAAGACUCAAUCAGAAGCUGACCAAAAGGCUUAUGAAGCAUUCGUCGAGCAGAAGAAGAAGGAGUUCGAGGGACAUCACACCACGCCUACUCAUUAA